GAGGAGCUGGUGCAGAAGGUCAGCAAAGCCCAUCAGGAGACCUUCCCCUCGCUGUGCCAGCUGGGCAAGUACACCAUGGACACGAGCGCUGAGCACCGGGUGCAGCUGGACCCAGGGCUGUGGGACAAGUUCAGUGAGUUGGCCACCAAGUGCAUCAUCAAGAUCGUGGAGUUCGCCAAGCGCCUGCCCGGCUUCACGGCGCUCAGCAUGGCCGACCAGAUCACCCUGCUCAAGGCGGCGUGCCUGGACAUCCUG